UAAAAAAGCUGCCUAAUUAUGGUAAGGUGCAGCAGUGGGAAGGUGGUGGGUGGCCAAGGCAGGCAUAGGAGAAAGCCAUAGGCUCAGAAUAUUAGAGUCUUCAGAGAUUUUUCUUCUUUAUCCCUUUUCCUGUUGCAAAUGAGAUGAUCACGAAAUGCCUUACUUAGGCUCACAUAGAAGCAGAAGCAGCAUUCCAGUUCAGGCCCUCUAAAUUUCUAGCACAUUGUUCUGCUGUUGCAUUUACCAUGACUCUACUUUUCAUUGUGAAGUCUGAGGUAAGGAAAAGACCUUAGAGCUCAUGUCAUGUACGGCAGUUGUUUAACUGCUGCGGAAUCCCUUUUACACUGUAUUGGGCAGGUGGUGUCUCUGUCUCUUCCCUAAGGUUAGGUUACUUGUCCAGUUAGCAAAAACUUCACCGCUUGAGUUCAAAGAGGAGAUAAAUGUUUCUUAUUUUAAAGCUAUAUGUUUUUUCUGCCCAUAUAAAAUAGCAAUUGAAAAUUAGGCCCAAAUGUAUUUUAAUUAGCCUGUUUAUCUCCACUAAAGUCAUGCUUGUCAGUCAUGACAAGACAGAUACUUCUUCAAAAGAAUUAUGUCAUGCCUAAGCUCUAGAACUUUGAAAAGAUAAUGCCAUAUUUGGAACAAGCUAGUCCUUUAACAGGUGGGAGGGAAGAGAUGAUAAAUGCUAUAUUCAGCUUCAAGUAAUGUGCCUAAUGAGAUGAGAUGAUUGUGAACUAACGAGUAUCAGAAGAGGUCUCAAAAUAUUUCAGAAGCAAAAUUGAAAGCCAAAUGGAGGAAGUUUUAUUUUUUAGUGAUGUGGUUGUGUUUGUCAUUGUUCUAAAGUAUGUUCAAAGAAAAUUAAAGUGAAAAUGCUGUUGGCAGUCUUUUGCUGUCUUGACUUCAACACAGUAGAGAAUGCUAUAAUGAAAAUGUGGCUGAGUUUUUAAUGUUCUGGAAUUUCAUGACCACCAGCACUUCUUGUUGUGCAGCCAAGGUAAUUAAGGAAGCUAAAGCUGUGUAUAUUUGUGGAUCAGACAAGUGCAGCAAGUUUAUAUCAUUGGCUUCUGAAGGGGACAGUGAGGUGAUGGCUGCGUUUAAGUUGGAUUUCCUUCCAGAAAUGAUGGUGGAUCAUUGCUCUUUGAAUUCCAGUCCUGUCUCAAAGAAAAUGAACGGCACCCUGGACCACCCAGACCAACCAGAUCUUGAUGCUAUUAAGAUGUUUGUGGGCCAGGUUCCGAGAACCUGGUCUGAGAAGGACUUGAGGGAACUCUUUGAACAGUAUGGUGCUGUCUAUGAAAUCAACGUCCUAAGGGAUAGGAGCCAGAAUCCUCCUCAGAGCAAAGGGUGCUGUUUUGUUACAUUUUACACCCGUAAAGCUGCAUUAGACGCUCAGAAUGCUCUUCACAAUAUGAAGGUCCUCCCAGGGAUGCAUCAUCCUAUACAGAUGAAACCUGCUGACAGUGAGAAGAACAAUGCAGUGGAAGACAGGAAGCUGUUUAUUGGUAUGAUUUCCAAGAAGUGCACUGAAAAUGACAUCCGAGUCAUGUUCUCUUCAUUUGGACAGAUUGAAGAAUGCCGGAUAUUACGGGGACCUGAUGGCUUGAGCAGAGGUUGUGCGUUUGUGACCUUUACAACACGAGCCAUGGCACAGACAGCUAUCAAGGCAAUGCACCAAGCACAGACCAUGGAGGGUUGCUCAUCCCCCAUGGUGGUAAAAUUUGCUGAUACGCAGAAGGACAAAGAACAGAAGAGAAUGGCCCAGCAGCUCCAACAGCAGAUGCAGCAAAUCAGCGCAGCAUCUGUGUGGGGAAACCUUGCUGGUCUAAAUACUCUUGGACCCCAGUAUUUAGCACUUUAUUUGCAGCUCCUUCAGCAGACUGCCUCCUCUGGGAACCUCAACACCCUGAGCAGCCUCCACCCAAUGGGAGGAUUAAAUGCAAUGCAGUUGCAGAAUUUGGCUGCACUAGCUGCUGCAGCUAGCGCAGCUCAGAACACACCAAGUGGUACCAAUGCUCUCACUACAUCCAGCAGUCCCCUCAGCGUACUCACCAGUUCAGCAGGGUCUUCACCGAGCUCGAGCAGCAGCAGCUCUGUUAACCCCAUUGCCUCCCUUGGAGCCCUGCAGACCCUGGCUGGAGCAACAGCAGGCCUCAAUGUCAGCUCUUUGGCAGGGAUGGCUGCUUUAAAUGGUGGCCUAGGCAGUAGCGGCCUCUCCAACGGCACUGGGAGCACCAUGGAAGCACUCACACAGGCCUACUCCGGGAUCCAGCAAUAUGCUGCUGCAGCGCUCCCCACUUUAUACAACCAGAAUCUCUUGACACAGCAGAGUAUUGGUGCUGCUGGAAGCCAGAAGGAAGGUCCAGAGGGAGCCAACCUGUUCAUCUACCAUCUGCCCCAGGAGUUCGGAGACCAGGACCUGCUGCAGAUGUUUAUGCCCUUUGGGAAUGUCGUGUCCGCCAAGGUUUUUAUAGACAAGCAAACAAACCUGAGCAAGUGUUUUGGUUUUGUAAGUUACGACAAUCCUGUUUCGGCUCAAGCUGCCAUCCAGUCCAUGAAUGGCUUUCAGAUUGGCAUGAAGCGGCUUAAAGUGCAGCUCAAACGUUCGAAGAAUGACAGCAAGCCCUACUGAGCGUGCUCCCCUCUGAGACUGGAGUGAGAGGGUCUUCUGGUAAGUGGGGGAGGAGCACCCUUAAUGAUUCGAAGCCCUAAAGCUGUGUGUUGACAGCCCUGGACCCUGAUCCCUGCCACUCUCGCAGGCACAGCUUGCCCAGAAGACUCGGCUACUGCCUUCUGUGGGAGUUUCGCUUCGUACAGAGGACGAGUUUGUGCUUUGGUUUCCAGUGUUUUACUUUGGAGUUUAGGUGCCAUAUCCUGAGUUUUUUUUUUUUUCCCCCUCUUUAUUUAAAGUUUGCCGUGUUUGUAACCAGUGUGUGUUGAGAAGGACCAACAUCAAACUGCCCUGGGGGUGGAGGGAGAGUGGACAAACAUUUAAAAAGAUGAGAACUUGCCCCAAACUACCCAAGAGAGAGGACCGAAUGAAACUGAAAAUGCCCUCCAGAACCACCUACUCCAGAGAGUGGGUGAAAUGGAGAACUGAUGUGCAGGCACUGGGGGGCAGAGCGGUGGGGUUGACUCUGGAGGAGAGUGAGAGUGACUGACAUCCAGUGGCCCUGGGAGGUGAAGGCUGAGACUUCUCCAUUGCUGCCUUCUAGGUGGAGAUAAUGAAUUCUUGCCUCCUAGUUUUCGAAUUCUUGUCCAGGAUUUCUGUCCCCUUUCCCAAGAAUAGGGGGUUAACAAUUCUUGGAAAUAAAGCACCUGUUAAAUUAGCCUGGCAUAUGCCAAGAGCAGGGAGCCAUCACCCAUUACCUGCUUUCUUAGCCAGCCAUUGGUUUUGAGUUGGCCCUGCCUGACUGGUCAAAGUGGUCCUUUCUAAUUUAUUUCACCACCAAAUUAUUUAUUAGACCAUGGCUCAUUUCUACCACAUCCCUUUGAAAAAUGCCUGUAGGGAAGACACUGGUUUCCUUCCUUGUAGUUGACCACCAGACACCAGAGAGCGUCACUGCCAAGCCCAAUUUUCUUAUGAGGGCACAUCUGAGUAGUUUCUGGCUGAAGGGGCCCCUUUUCCUGAGCAGAGCGAUCAAAAGACAUUGAAUUGGGGAAGGGGAAGCCUGCUUCUUGGCUUACCUGAUCAGAAGCCCCUCUGCCACAGUGCUGUAUUUGCCAGUGACCAGCACUUAAUGCUUAAAAGGACUAAGAAAUCCAUACUUGCUUGCCUGGUUGAGAUGUUCCAGUGUAGUUUUCCCUCCAAGGCAGGCCCCUAAAACCACUUCAGCUCCACUGCAGCCUCAUCUUCUGCUCUUGGGGACAGAGAAGAUGACAGGACGUUUACAGCCUCCAUAUGAAUUUAGUGUUCAUUUACCUCAGUAUUACUGUGUUCAUUUUUGUCCUCGUGCUUACAGUUAGCUCCCUGCUGCCUCCCACAGAACUCACUCCAGCUCUUGCCUGUGACCCACAUGGCCUCUGGGCUCUGCCUCUGCUCCAAGAAACGCUGGGGGUAGACAGCCAGGGAGGACAGGCUUUUGGGACUGUGCACCUGGUAGGGGUAGCCCUCUCAGGAUAUGACUCUUUGCCAAGGCCAGGGCUGGGUCUCUGGGAUCUUAAACCUCACGAACAUCAGUCCUGACCCCUAGCAGCAGAGAUGAGAUUAAAUGGGUUGGUUUGCUGUUAAGUCAGAGGGGCCUCGCUCCUUGUCAUGCUGUCCAUUUGGAUGACAGGCAGGGAUUGACUGUCUUGCUGGUAUACAGGUAGUCGGUGGUGUUGGAUUAUCCCAUUGAAACUGGGACAGCUGUUCCCUUCUCACAGCGAUAACUUGGGUCCGUUGUCCUCUAAGAAACACGAAACAUACAUACUUCUUAAGCUGAACCACGUAAACUUGAAUUCUGCGCACUGGGAGAAAUGUGUCCUGUGUUUCAAGGAUAAAACUGUUCCAAAGGCUUCCAGGGUCAUGAUGGAAUUUUUUAAAUAAAUGCAAAAAAUAAAAAUAAAAAUGAAAAAAGAAAACAAAAAAAGAAAAAAAUGCUAGGUUGGGGAGGCGCUGUUCUGAAUCCCAACCAGCUGGAACCAAGAAUGUCGUUUCUAUUUUUAUAGAAGUUUUAUACAGCUCCGGGGUGGAGAAUAUUUAUUACCUAAAUUAUAUCUCUGGAAAAGGCCAGGAUUUUGUAGAAUCCAGAAUGUGAUUGUUGUACACACAGGGUGCUGUGUAUGAUUGAAACUACUGACUUUCUGUGGCCCAUUUGCAGCCCAGCUAAUCUGCCAGAGGGGAAAGGAGUUAAUGCUGUGAACUGGCAGAGGAGAGAGCUGUGCUCCCCGGGGUGUUGCCGGUGCUGUGAUGGCUGACCCUCUGUUCUGUCUUCCUCCUUGGCCAUCAUGGGGUUUCCAAAGCCCAGAACUCCACUCUGUUCCCACUUUGUCCCUUUUCUCCUCCCUCCCCCAUUACACCAUUGUUUAUCCACCUAUUUGUCCUGGUCUCUGGGUCCUUAUGAAACCCGUUUCCAAAUGGCAUGAAAGGCAAAGGUGUGAUCAGCUCACUUUUGCUAUCAGACCCCGAGGUUUCUUAUGUGCUUGUGGGUCCUCUUUUUUUUUUUUUUUCCCAAGGAGUGUGGGCCAUAGCAGGGCCCUGGCUGCCAGAGUGGCCAGCUGGUGAGACCAUGCACUUCUCUCUCUUCUCUUCUCUCCCUGCCCAGUGAGUUAGCACAGUGGCACUGCCCUUGAGCACAGUUCUCUCCCCAGGCCAAAGAUGGUUUUGUGAAGAAGCUGCUCCCCUACAAGUCUCACAGUGUGAAAGGGUUCAGCUCGGAGAAUGGAGACUAGCAGUCAAGUCUUAAGCAAUCCUUUUCUGUUGUGUGGGGGUUUCACUUACAUAAAUGUGUUUUCUGCUGUAGUUUUUUGUUUUCCUUGGAUUUCAUGGUGAAAUCGAUUUGCCUUGAAUGCAGCCCGACACUGUAUCCUGGGUUCCACAUGAGUGGCCAGGGCCUGCGUGGAAGCUAAGAGCUUGGAUUUCUGGGAGCAAAGGGCCACCCCCAUAGGACUGAGGAGAAAUCCUGGCCCUGGCCCUAAAGCCUUCUGCCCACCCACUGCCAGCAUCUGCUGCUCUCUCCCUGGGUCUGGACCAGGGGUUGAGGGGACAGUCUGAGGCUCUGCUCCACCGGAACCCUUCUCAGCCGAGUUCAGGCUUCGGGGGAAAUCCAAGCCUUAGGUUCCCUUCUGUCUCUGGCAGUUGGAUGUUUUCUUGGUGUCCUCAUGUCCUUUUUGACUUUUCCCUGUGUCCAUUGUUAGCAUGUGCAAAAGUUCCCUGUCAUCACCCAGCCCCUGCCCCGCCCGCCUCCUCAUUUCAGGGCUGUACACAGUGAGUGUUCCUGUUCUCUCUCUCUGUUUGGAUGUAUUGCUCUGUGUAACUCAGUGGGUCUCCCUCUUUCUGGUUUGUUUUUUUUUCUAGAUUCCUGCCGUUUGUUCAUCGUUGUGCCUAAAGCAUGUCGAUGUGGCGUCAAGUACAUCGUCCAAAUCCCUGUCUCUUCAGCUUCUCUGAUGCUUGAACUCUCACCUUUGACCUUGUGUUGACCUUUGAUGCUGACGUGUAUUUUUAUUAUGUUUGUUUCUUUCUUUGUUUUUUCUUUUUCUUUCCUUUUUUUUUUUCUUUUGUGCUGCCAAAUUGGUUUUGCUAGAACGACUGCUGAAGGGGAAAUAUUUAAACUUGCAUUUGAAUAUAAAAAAAAAAUCUAUUUUUCUAGAACUUCAUAAGAUAACCACUUGAUUUUGUGAUUCCAAUUCUUUGUAAUUGUCUUCAGAGCAGCCCUACUAGCACAUACCGCGUGGUGUUUGUAUUUCUGUGAACACACAGCCAGUCCGUUUCUAGGCUUUGUUUCUGUGUGCUUAGUUUUAAAGACAACUUUGAAGUAAACAAUGAAAUAAAAGAUGUCACUAAAACCUUUGA